AUGUCUAUAAAACUACCAAAUAUGCCAAAGAUCCAAGAUCUUAUUAGAUUAUAUGGAUUAUCAGCUAAACAACAACUGUCACAGAAUUUCUUGUUGGAUUUGAAUAUUACCGACAAGAUAUGUAGAGUUGCAGGUGGAUUCAAUGACUGUACCGUGAUAGAGGUUGGUGCAGGUCCAGGUGGUCUCACACGAAGUCUACUCAACUCUGGUGCAAAGAAGGUGAUUGCCGUUGAAAUGGAUCGUCGUUUCAUCCCAGCAUUGAAGAUGUUAGAAGACGCUAGCGAUGGACGUCUCUCUGUAGUCAUGGGUGACAUGAAAGAUGUCAACGAAGCAGAGAUACUAAAACAAUUCGGUGCUGUACCCACCGAUUGGGAUAAACCAUCGAAAGUAAAGAUCAUAGGUAAUCUACCAUUCAACGUCGGUACACAUCUCAUGCUCAAAUGGAUACGUCAAAUCAAACCUAGAGAAGGUUUAUUUGAAUUCGGUAGAGUACCUAUGAUUCUUAUGUUUCAAAAGGAAUUGGCUGAUAGAAUAAUAGCACCCGUUAGUUCACAUGAAUAUGGUAGAUUGGCAGUCAUGAUACAACAAGAGUGUGAUAGUAAGGUUGUAUAUGAUUUACCAGGAAAGGUGUUUGUACCACCACCAAAAGUAGAUGCAUCAGUUGUAUAUAUAGAACCAAAGGUUAAACCAAUAGGUGAUUUGAAAUCAAAGGAAUAUUUAGAAUAUGUUUGUAGAGAGUUAUUUACUCAAAAGAGAAAGACCCUUGGUAAUGCAAUAAAAUGUUUAGGUAAUGGUGCAGAAUCAUUAAUUGAGGGUAUUGAUCCAACAAAGAGACCACAGAAUCUGACAGUUGAAGAAUUGGUAAAGAUAUCCAAUCGAUUCAAUGAUUGGCCACACAAGAAGGAUAUAGAUAUGUUGUCGUUUAGAAAUGAUGCAAGAUGGCUAAGAGGUGAAGAGAAGAAACUAAAGAAGGAACAAAGAGUAAUGGAAUCAUUGGAAAAGAGAAAAGAGAAAUUGGCCAAAUUUAAGAAUCUCGACAAGAAACAACAGAUUGAAUAUCUAAAAGUAUUGAGAGAGACUAUACCAAGUGGUUUGAAUUUGAAGAAGGAUACAGAUGACGAUAACAAUGCCAACGAAUAUCAAGUAGUACAUACAGAGGACAUUGAAGAUGGUGAUGAUUUCGAUUUCGAUGAAUUUGAAGAAGAUGAAGAUACAAUUAUAAAAGAUAAAUAA